UAGCUUUGAGGCCGAGUUGUUGGUUUGUUUUUUUUUUUUUUUUCUCUCUCUCUCUCUUUUUUUUUUUCCUUUUUUAAACUAUUAUUAUUAUUAUUUUGGUUGCGAUACAGACUUUGAUUUUUUUUUUUUUUUUUUUGCCUUCGCUCUCUUUCCCUCCUCCCUCCCCCGAUGAACCUCUCUCCUCGCUCUGCACUUUGCACGAGAGAGCCCAGAGGAAAGGCACCAUGAAGUGUUAAAAAUAACAAAACAAAACAACAACAACAACAACAAAUUUACUCGCAACAACACCAGCUAACACUUCCAGCUGCGGUUCGCGAGCUGCGAAAGAGAGCGAGAGGAGAGAGAGAGAGAGAAGGGAGGGAGAGAAAAAAAAAAAAAAAAACCCUCUAUGCAAAAGGCGAAUAGCGAGAGCCCCGCGCUCUGAUGCAUCAGCGGAGCCUCUGCGAGGGAUAACGCGGAGCGGGAGAGGAGCCGCCGGGGCGGACCGGAGCGGAGGCAGAGCAGGAGAGCGGAGCGGAGCUCGCCAAAAAUCAAGCUGGCUCACCCGGUGGCGACUCAGAGCAGCCCCCUCGCUCCCGGAGCGCACCCUUUCUGGAGGACUCUCGGCAGCAAAAGGAUGGCAUCAGAGCUGGCGAUGAGCAGCUCCGACCUGCCCACCAGUCCCCUGGCCAUGGAAUAUGUUAAUGACUUCGAUCUGAUGAAGUUUGAAGUGAAAAAGGAGCCGGUGGAGACCGAUCGCAUUAUCAGCCAGUGCGGCCGCCUGAUCGCCGGGGGAUCGCUCUCCUCCACCCCGAUGAGCACGCCCUGCAGCUCCGUGCCCCCGUCCCCCAGCUUCUCGGCGCCCAGCCCCGGCUCCGGCUCCGACCAGAAGACCCACCUGGAAGACUACUACUGGAUGACGGGGUACCCGCAGCAGCUCAACCCGGAGGCGCUGGGCUUCAGCCCCGAGGACGCGGUGGAGGCGCUGAUCAACAGCAGCCACCACCCGCUGCCCGGCGCCUUCGAUGGCUAUGCUAGAGGGCAGCAGCUGGCCGCGGCCGCCGGCGGCUCCGUGCCGGCCGAGGAGAUGGGCUCGGCGGCCGCCGUGGUGUCGGCGGUGAUCGCCGCGGCGGCGGCGCAGGGCGGCGCGCCCCACUACCACCACCACCACCACCACCCGCACCAGGCGGCGGCGGGCGGCGGCGGCGGAGGCGGCGGGCACCCCCACGCCGCGGCGCCGGGCAGCGCGCCGCCCUCCUCCGCCUCCUCGGCCGCCGGCUCCGGCUCCGGCGGCGGCGGCGGCGGCGGCGGCGGCGCCGGGGGGCUGCACCACCCGCACCACGGCGGCGGCGGCGGCGGCGGCGGCGGCCUCCACUUCGACGACCGCUUCUCCGACGAGCAGCUGGUGACCAUGUCGGUGCGGGAGCUGAACCGGCAGCUUCGGGGCGUCAGCAAGGAAGAGGUGAUCCGGCUGAAGCAGAAGAGGAGGACCCUCAAAAACAGGGGCUAUGCCCAGUCCUGCCGCUUCAAGAGGGUCCAGCAGCGGCACGUCCUGGAGUCGGAGAAGAACCAGCUGCUGCAGCAAGUGGAGCACCUAAAGCAGGAGAUCUCCAGGCUGGUCCGGGAGAGGGACGCCUACAAGGAAAAGUACGAGAAGCUGGUCAGCAAUGGCUUCAGAGAAAACGGAUCCAGCAGCGACAACCCUUCCUCUCCAGAGUUUUUCAUUCUCCCAGAAGACCCGGAGUGGUGACGCCUGGAUGCAGAGGAGAUGACACUGCUUAUAAAUCUGCACCAUGAGGAGGCCAAAAGUUUCUGCAGCUGCAGGAGGUAAGCCAGGACAGCUGGUGGGUGUAAGGAGCAGAGAGCAAAGCCAUGUCAGCUUGAGAAGAAGACAGCAGCACCCCUGAGGACGGCUUUGGGGCAGUGCCACAGUCCUGUACAGAAAACCCGAGGAGAUCCUGAAAAUUUCAGGUGGGAACACACCACCCAACCAGCUGCUUGUGUGGUUUGGUCCAUGGACCUUUGGAGUCUGGACACCAGAGACUGAAAACUCUUGACUUACCCUAAAUUUCCUCUUUGUGGACUUCUGGUGUGAUAGGAAUGGCACAAAAAAAAAAAUCCAAUAUAUCUUCUUCACCAUAAUGUUUCCAGCCUGCUAACUUUCCCAGGACUACUUUCUGCUCAAAUUACUGGAACUUAAUUACAUGAGGUUUAAUUUCAGUUACUUGGCUAGCUUUAAAAACAUAUAUUCAAAUUUGAACCACAAGGACAGAAUUUUGGGAGCCUCUUUGCCCUCUCACUUUGUAUUAAUUUAAAUGAGGAAACUGCGCCUGUGAAUCUCUGCUUUACUUCAUCUAUUCCAAGUGAGUCUCAGUUCUGGAGAGACUUCCCUGACUCCCAGCAGUUUAAGGGAGAGCACAAACAACCUCUUAUGCUAUAGUUUAUGUUUUUGAAACUGUGCAAGCAGUACAUAUUUGUCUCCUGCUUAUGCAUUUUCUUGUAAAUAAAAUGUAUUGAGACCA